GCAGACAAGGGUUGGCGAAUAUUACGGGGCAACAGUGCGCGGACCGCCACCACGCGACGCGGUUGCUCCUUCGCGGUGCAUCGCUCUGAGCAAGAGCGGUACCGAGAGACACCCGCCAGCCUACGCGAGCAUCCCCGAGGAAGUUUGCACCACGGAAAGCGAAGUGAUUCGUCGUGAAAGAAAAAAAAAAAAAGGAAAAAAAAUAGAUCUGCCACUUUACCGCGUCAUCGAGAGAUAGAAAGAGGGAAAGAAGGGGAAAAAAAAGUCAAUAAAUGAUAGUUAGCGAUUUAGACGGAAACACACGCGUCAUGUUUGAAACAAGCUCCAGGAACAGGAUGCGUCAUUUCAUUAAUUUACCCGCCAAAUUGAGCGCGGAGAACUGCGGCUGUGUACUAAUCUUUCCGAUGACGGUAUCGCCAGUGCACUGUGAAUCACUUCGCCGCGACUAAGACGACUGUUGUUCCGAGGGUUUGACAUCUGCGAGAAAAACGAGUAACGCGGGGCAACUAAGAACUCAUGAAAGAUUGCUUCUUUCGCCUCCGCAUCACUCGGAAUGUACAGCUUCGCACGUUUGUCCGACGCGCGACGCGUUGCCUCCGACUAUGAGAGUCCAGCUGAUUCAGUUUAGUUGAUUACGCUGUUUUAAUCGCUCGGGACAAUCUUGAUGCUCGAGAGUGCUGCGAAAAUAUUUAGUUACAACGAUACCAGCCGGCGAGUGUCGAGAUAAUCCUGGAAUACAAUCGCUGCCGUAGAACAAUCAGAGAGGGCGAUCUAGCGGGAUCAAAGGGCGGAAGCUCGAUUGGACGAUCCGUCCGUGGGUAAAUUGAAUGUGUCGCGCGAUACACAUAAAUUGGACGCGCUGUGAUGAAGAGUUUCAGUGACACUUUCCCGGAAACGGCCGAACGAUUAAUCGCGCCAAGUGGCCAGAUCGCCGAAUGCUAAUCCCCGUUGUACCCCCGUUAAAAACGGCAAACAGCCGAGCUUGAGUUUAAACGCGGCAGCGGAGCAAUCGGAAGGGAUCCCGCCUAUAUGAAAGUUGGCAAAGAGACCGUCGGAAUCAAUUUCUGGUGAAACCGUGCGCAAGAGAAAUGUGGCCAGGAGAGGAAUGCCGCACAACUUUACGAUGAGGAGGAACCGGAAGAGCGCCUCGAGUCGUCACAGAAUCGACGACUGAUUAUGACGCGCGUCCGCACGCGGUGGCAUUUCUCUCGUCUCCUCCUGUUAUUCUCUUCCUCAGAAGCCCUCCAGGCACGCCGCUGUCUGACCCUCCUCCUUCUCGGCCUCACCUCUCUCCGCACAGUCUUAUCGUGUGACGAGAAGACUAGGCCCCAGAGCCGUGACCUAAGCGCGCUUCCCCGUUACCUUGAAGCAGAGAGAUACUCCGAGCGGAAAGACCUCGACGCUCCCAGAGUGAUCCCGGAAUGGAUGCAACGCGAAAACGAAGCUUCAAGCAUGGCUGAUCAAAGUGCCAGCGAUGUGGCCAGUGACGAUCAUCCCGGGCAUUCGUUGAAAAUUCAAAGAAACCGCGAUGGCUUCAACCCGUCAGUGAAAAAACGAGCUCACCUCGACGAUGAUAUCCUCGCGAGCGGCGUUAACGAUCGACGCGGCGAUCGAGUGCGUUCUGGAUCUACGAGCAAUUAUCCGAAACGAAAGUCUAACGAUCAUUUAAGUGGUUCUGCGAAAACUCGUCGAGUUCGCGAGGGAAUCGGUUUUCAAAGUAUGAAGCGGCGCGAGGAGAGCUCGGCGGAGAAUUGGUUGGGCAAUCUGGUCAGGAAGCGACGUGGUGCGGCGCCGACGCUUCGAGUUGCUUCUUAUUACACGGCGAACGAAGUCCAAUUUCACGACAGCGAUAAUGAAGCGAGGAGCCUGAUGAUUUUAGACAGAUCCCGCCGAAGUGCCGGCAAUCUAGCCGAGAGCCCCGCCGCUCACAAUCGCGAUGCCGAGGACGCAUUAAUGGAAGUUCCGCCGAUCGAUCGGCUGCAUUCGCGCGUGGCUCCAAGUGUCAGUCAUCCGACGGUGAAGUCGACGAGAAGUCGACGAGAUCGUAAUGGAAUCAAUUUCGAAGUGGAACGAGUGGGUCUAAACGCCGAUAAUUUAUACGCCGAAACUCCCGUUAAUCGUGCGAAUGAACGCAUGAGUGAUUAUGCGGCCCGUCGAAAUUUGCGCGGCAGCGAGAUCUUAAGCCGACCGAGCGAGCGCGAUAUCGACGAUGCACUGGCGGAGCACCGCGACGAUCUCGCGGCUGAUCGAAGCGAUCGUGGGAUCGUCGGCAUUUGGGUCACGAGGCAAACUCAUUUGGAUCGUCGCAAUAUCUAUUCGCUUGACGAUCGAAGCGGCGGCACACGCAAAUCUGAGAGUUCGGCCGACUGGCUUCGCGAGAGCGACGGUAUCGUAAUAAAUGGUGUUCGUAAUGAGUUCGCGAGCGCGAAUGCGAACGCGAGCGAGUCAGACGUCAAUGCAAUCGCGAUUGAUGCAGUUGCCGAUGACUUCGACGUCGGUGGUACCAUCUCAAUCGAGAACCAGGUCGAACUCGACGGAAUUUCGGAAAUCGAGAAUCGGACCGACGACGCCGAACUCGACGACUCAGAAUACCUCGACAGCCCCUUGGAUCUCGAUAGAGCGGAAAUCCGCUCGGCGAAUUGUCGUAACGUCGCGUGUUCCAAGUCGUCGAGCGAUGACGACGUAUCGGUGAUUAGAAUAACAAAGUUUGGCGAAGCGGGCGAGGAAUCCAACGAGGAUCCUUUUGCGAAAGUGAACGAUAUAUCGAUGGCAGCUGGCAACGGCAGCGAUACCGAUAUCAACGUCGACAGCGAAGCGCCUUUCACCGGUUUCGAGGGCUCUCAGAAAUUUCCCGUAAAAAUCAAUCACAAGUCGGCGCGGGUGCCGUCGCAAGUCGAAAAGUUUGACAGGCGACACUUCGGUCCGCAUAAGGAGAACGUGCUUGAGGAAGCAUCCACAUGGUACCCGAGUACCACGGUGCUUUCCGACCUGCCCAAGAGCCCUAGCGAAGAUGUGCUUCAUCGCAAGACGAACGACGCGGGUUUCGAGGACGGCGUCGUAGAGCUGCGCGAGGCGAACAAUAGCAACGAGGAGACGACAGAAAUGGACGACGAGCUGGAUGAUACUUACGACGAGUCGUGGCUACCCAGUAGCACCGACGAAUCGGAUGAAAGUUUGUCGGGUUCCUCGGACAUCGAGUACAAUUCUGAUAAAAAACUCGCGGUGACCUCGAACGUCGCGGACAGUGAGUUCGAUAGCGCGACGCGCGACAAGAACGAUUCCGAGUAUAGUAACGCGGAUAUCGAUGUAACGAGUGCAAAACCGACGAAGAAGACGACUAUAACUAUCUUGGGUCUCUUUGAGAUGACGCACGGGACGGUACCGAGACCGGAAGGAACCAGAGAACUUCAAGCGGCCAAAUUGGCGGUCGACCGUGUCAAUGAAUUGAACAUCUUGAAGCGCUUUCACCUUCGCCUCAUUUACAAUGAUACCAAGUGCGAUUCUGGAGUGGCCGUGGACAGAUUCUUUCACGCCUUGUAUGCUCCGAGGGAGAAACACUUGAUGCCAUUUUUGCUCGGCACCGCUUGUUCCGAAGUCACUGAGACACUGGCCAAAAUUGUGCCCUAUUGGAACGUGAUCCAGGUAUCCUUUGGUUCAACGGCACCUGCACUCUCGGAUUCUAAUGAGUUUCCCCUGUUCCUGCGGACCGUCGCGCCGGAUUCGAGCCACAAUCCAGCCAGGAUAGCGUUGAUCAAACACUUCGGAUGGGACACCGUUACCGCGCUCUCGCAAACAGGCGACAUGUACUCCUUGGCAGUGAACGAUCUGGUCACGGAACUGGAGCAGGCGAAUAUCACGUGCACCGCGACGAUCACGUUCGCCGAGAACGAUUACAAGGAGCAGCUACGAACUUUGAAGGAAUUGGACACCAGGAUCAUUAUUGGGAGCUUUUCACCGCGAUUGGCCCAGCGUGUCUUUUGUGAGGCCUGGAAGCUCGGGAUGCACGGCGGUGAUUACGCGUGGAUUUUGCCAGGUGAAACCAUCGACUCUUUGAGAAUAGCAGGUGAUUGGUGGCACGUCGGAGUCCGCGAGUGUUCGCCUUCUCAGCUGUCACAGACUCUGGAUGGUUUAAUCAUCGUCAAGAGCCACGCCACGGUCGUGGGGAACGAGACCAGUGCGUCGGGAUUGACCAGCGAGAAAUUUACUUCGCAGCUGAAUAAUACAGGCGUCGCCCACUCGAAAUUCGCGGGUCAAACUUACGACGCCGUGUGGGCCAUGGCACUCGCCCUCGCCAAAACUGAAGUCCACCUAAAUCGACGGAACGAGAGCAUGACGCAGUAUACGCACACAAGGAAGGACUUUGCCAUGCUUCUGUUGCAGCAGCUUAAGGAUCUGCGCUUUAUCGGAGUUUCGGGGCCGGUUUCCUUCGACGACGCGGAUCGCGUUGGCAUCACGGCGUUCUAUCAGAUGCACGGACACGAUAUUAAGAGAAUAGCUAUCUACACUCCCGAAGAUGAGAAACUGAUAAUGAACUGUCCAGGAUGUGAGGCUACAAGAUGGCCCGGAGGACAAGUGCCAGCUGCUCGCAGAGUCUUCCGAUUACGAAUGGUGACAGUGGCACCCGCCGCGUUCCUCGCCAUCACCUGCAUCGCCAGCGUCGGCGUCACCUUGGCGAUCGCUUUUCUGGCCUUUAAUCUUCACUUUCGCAAGCACAAAAGCAUAAAACUUUCAAGCCCGAGGCUGAAUAACAUGGCAGCCGUUGGUUGUGGCCUGGUCUACGGUGCCGUUAUACUUUUGGGACUGGACGACGCCACGUUACCCGACAGCGAUGGUUAUUAUCCGACAGUGUGCAAGGCAAGAGUGUACUUGCUAUCGGCCGGUUUCUCUUUGGCUUUUGGCUCGAUGUUCACCAAGACUUAUCGGGUACACAGACUCUUCACUAGGAGUCGUAGCGGAGUUGUCAAGAACAAGUUGCUCCAGGAUACCCAGCUGAUAUUCUUAAUCUGCAUGCUCCUGGUGAUCGACGUCGUCGUGGGGACCCUGUGGGUGAUCCUGGAUCCGAUGCAACGUCACCUGCAAAAUCUUACUUUGGAGAUAAGCCCACAGGAUCGGGGGGUCGUCUAUCAGCCCCAGGUGGAGGUGUGCCGUUCGCAGCAUACGAACGGCUGGUUAAGCGCUCUCUAUGUUUACAAAGGUUUAUUACUCGUCGUCGGAGUUUACAUGGCCUGGGAAACAAGGCACGUAAAGAUUCCAGCCCUAAACGACUCGCAAUACAUCGGUAUGAGCGUGUACUUCGUAGUAAUCACGUCGGUUAUCGUCGUAGUGCUAGCCAACCUGAUGUCCGACCGCGCGACCCUGGCCUUUGUCACGAUCACUGCCCUGAUUCUGGCCUCGACCACGGCGACCCUGACGCUCCUCUUCCUACCCCAAUUGGCGAACAUCCUAGCGGGGGAGAGUCUCCCCGAUCCGGUCGUGCAGAGUCUCGGCUUCAAAAUUGAAUGCAAUACGCGUAGAUUCGUCAUCGACGACAGAAGCGAGCUAUUGUAUCGCGCGGAGGUGCAAAACCGAGUUUAUCGUCGGGAAGUGGCACGUCUGGAACUGGAAUUGGCCAGAUUGGAAAAGCAACUGGCAGAGCCAGUGGAGCCGUCGCGCACCUCAUCAAGCGCCUCGAUCCCACAACGAAAUCCAAGUAUCGGAGGCGGAUUACCUCUUUUGUUGCUCAGUGUUAUACCGCCGGUUAUUCCACGAGCUAGCUGGCCUUCCGCAGAUUCGUCCGCUGUCCAAGGCAUACGUCGCGGAACCGUAGCAUUUAGCAGUCAACCGGAUCUGGAGCCCGGCGAUCCCAGACAAAGCCUCGCCGACCUUUACAAGCUGCACCGUCGCCGCGAGACCGAGGGUCCAAAUCGACUGGGCGUUUUUCAACGACUCUUCAGUCUCUUCGGCAGCAGGCCGAGUAGCAGGAAAACCUCCACAGCGUCGUUCACCGGGGUCGCCUCGGCGCUUCGAGUCCACAUGGGCUACAUCGCCGGUUUAGUACCCGGCGCGAAAGCUGCCUCUACUUGCCAGGUGAAUGCCCAAGGCACUCAGUCGCCUCAUACGCGAUGCGGUUCAGGGCCAAUAAUUAGCAUUACUAGUGAGGAAGACCGUAGGUUGAGCCUAGGAUUACGUCGCACGGAAAGUAGCGAGCCUAAAGUAAAUUUCAGCUUACCGCCACAGACAAGCACCAGUCAAUCAUCUUCUCGAGAAAAGAUACGCGGCUCGCCACGGUUUCCUCAUCGCAUAAUCCCGGCAAAUAGUUUAAAUGCCAUUAUACAAAGUACAUCAGUUACGAGACCACAUCGUUGGCACUCGAUGGACGAUGCGAUGAAACCAAAGGUUACCCAAACAACGUCUCGCGGCUCGAGCAGUUCCAAUUCCGAAGUAUGGACAAACGAGAUUAAGGUUCCUUUCAGCAAGUUGGCCAAUACUGUCAGAGUCAAGAAACCACCGGAUUCCUUAGCUCUGACUGUCGCCAUGACUGUGGACUCGAAGAUGAGUCCAGUCGAUACAAGACUGGGCAGUGAUCUGAGGAAAUUGUUCAGAGAGAACGACAGCGAAGAGAUCAGUCCCGCCGAACAGGAACUGAAGACGAUGCGAUCAAGCUCGUCGUCCUCGUCGUCUCUGAAGAUAAUCGGUGCCACUAACGACUUCGUACCCUUAAAGAACGAUUCCACCCCAGAAACUCGACACGAUACCGUUCGGAAUUUCCAUCAAGAAUCGAGACCUCGUCCAACGAGCCCAGUGAUCUCGGUGGUCGACACAGGGGAGGAAUCGAACGCUAAUGUUGACAGUAACGUCGGUACUACUUCCUGCGAGGAGAAAAAACCGACUUCUGCAACGUAAAAUAUUGUGCACGUGAUGUUAACAAUUUUGUCUAAGUGAUAUAAAGUUUAUUAAAGUUUAAAAGAGAGAAAAGAUAUAUCAGGAAGAAAAUUAACUACGUUGAUUUUUUCGUGUUCCACUCGCAACACCUAGCAUUUUGAAAUCCUUCCGAAAAUGGGACGGCGAUUCCAUCAAAAUUGCUAAUCACCAUAGCCACUUAGACAAUCUAAAACAAAUUGAAAAUCUCUAUUUAGAUGUUUCGUGUGAUAGAGACGAAGGCAGAUUAUCAUGCAGCGUGAUAAGAAAUAAUUAAAGUAAUUAGGGGCGCGUGGCGCGUGGAUUAGAACUUUCUCAACAGAGUCUGUAUGCAAUACAUUAUACAUAUAAUAACAAUAAAAUAUAGCAUAUAUUAAGUAGCUUUAAAUUUCAAAACCCGGGUAGAUCUUCCAAUAGUCAAUUCACGAACCAACGUUAAUAGUAAUGUUGUUUAUUAAUUAAUAAUGUUAUAAUUGAUUAUUUAUUAAACGUUAUAUGAUUCAUUAGUGUCGAAAAUGUGCAGUGGAACGCUAUAAAAUCGACAUUGUCAAUGCAAUAUAGAUUACCAAAGGGAGAAGACAAUAUAGACAUUCGGCUCAACUUGAUGCGAGAGUUGACUUUAUUCGUGCUCAAAUCAAUAAGCAGAAUAGUGCGUCAUGAUUGUACGGAGGUUCCACAAAGUGGCGUGCGUGUAAAUAUAUAAGUUUUUUUGUUUGCGCGUAAUAUCCAAAUGCGAGGCUCAUGGACCAGUCGCAAUGUAAUCUCAAACAUGUGUGUUCGCUAGUAACUGUGCCAAAAAAAAAA